CUGCCGUUAUUCCUAUACUUCGCCGUCGUCGCGCGAAGAAACACCCGGUGCUGGAGUACAGUUUACUUGAUCAAGGAUGGCCGCGAUGCUGUCCAACUGUUCGCGGCUCGCGUCUCGUGUGAUCACGCGAGGUAGCGUAUUGCGGGCCAAGAUUACGAGAUCAUUGUAUAGUCAAGGGGGUACUGUACUUAUACAAUCUAAGCAUGUAUUCAAUACCAAAGUUAUAUUUUGUAGAAAAUAUAAAGGAAGCCAAUAUUGGAUAAACCAAGCUAAACAUAUACACUCAACUUCGGCGUUAUGGGAAAUCAGGGAGGUUGUAGUUCCUGCAUUCGCUGAAAGUGUAAGCGAGGGCGACGUGAGAUGGGAGAAAAAGGUUGGCGACCAGGUCAAGGAAGAUGAUAUUCUCUGUGAAAUCGAGACGGAUAAGACUUCGGUCCCUGUUCCGUCGCCUGGAGCUGGCGUCAUAAAAGAAUUAUUCGUUCAAGAUGGCGAUACUGUGAAACCUGGACAGAAGUUAUGUACUAUCGACAUAGGAGCGACCGGCGGAACCGCGGCUGGACCUGCGACGGAAAAGCCGAGUCCCGCCGCGGCCGCUCCACCGAAAGCACCUCCUAGUGCGCCGGCGGCGGCAGCUCCUCCACCGAAGCCCGCGGCGGCUGUUCCACCAUCGAAACCCGCGGCUGUGCCGCCUCCAGCCGCUCGACCACCACCCCCACAAGCGCCUACAGCGUCGAUGCCUGUUGCAGCCAUCAAACACGCGCAGUCGCUGGAAGGUGCGAAAGUUCAACUACCUCCCGCCGAUUAUACGCGUGAGAUAAUCGGUACCAGGACAGAACAAAGAGUGAAGAUGAACAGAAUGCGUCUGCGUAUAGCGGAACGUCUCAAGGAUGCACAGAACACGAACGCUAUGUUAACCACAUUCAACGAGAUUGACAUGAGCUCUAUUAUGGAGUUCCGAAAAACGCAUCAAGAGUCAUUCACAAAGAAGUAUGGUAUUAAGCUCGGAUUCAUGAGUCCGUUUAUCAUGGCCAGUGCUUACGCUUUAAAAGACCAACCUGUAGUAAAUGCAGUCAUAGACGGCACCGACGUCGUAUAUAGAGAUUACGUAGAUAUUAGCGUGGCGGUCGCGACGCCGAAAGGUCUCGUCGUGCCAGUACUUCGUAGCAUAGAGAACAAGAAUUUUGCCGAUGUCGAAAUUGCUUUGGCUGCUCUUGGGGAUAAAGCCAGAAAAGGGAAGAUCACCGUCGAGGACAUGGAUGGUGGCACCUUCACUAUAAGCAAUGGUGGCGUUUUCGGCUCGAUGAUGGGAACUCCUAUCAUUAAUCCGCCGCAAAGUGCAAUUCUCGGGAUGCACGGCGUUUUUGACAGGCCGGUCGCCGUUAAGGGACAGGUUGUCAUUCGGCCAAUGAUGUACAUAGCUUUAACGUAUGAUCACCGACUGAUCGACGGACGCGAAGCUGUGAUGUUCUUGAGGAAGAUCAAAGAUGCGGUAGAAGAUCCUAGGAUUAUGUUAGCUGGUCUUUAAAAAUCGAAGACAACGUUUGUCACGUGUAAUGCGCAUUAUUUAAUAACUUUUACGACCAUCGUGAAUAGCGACGCGACGCGAGAGUCUGGAAAAUGACAGGGUCUUCCCGCUUCAAAAAGUACUUAUCAUUGAAACUAUUACGGCCUUACCACCUUAUCUCAAUUCUGUUUACUUUCUAAGUGUACGUGUCGGAAAAAUUGUCACACGCAGCCACAAAUAAUGAUAAACACGCCCGCUGCGCGGUUCUAUUCAUCUUGCCUUCUAGAUUCUGAAAAUAUAAGGCAAUUUUACUCGGUACAUUAAUCUAUUGUUGGAUGUGACUUAUUAUCGAUUUUUUAUGAGAUAUGGCAGCGCGCAUAAUAAUUGCAUAACUACUUAUGCAUAGUUACACGAUAUUCUACGUAACAGAUGUUACAAAUUACUAUUUUUGCCCUUUUCGUCUUCAUCUCACAAAUUGGUAAAAGUCUAAUGAAAUGAAUUCGAUAAAUGAAGGAAGCUAAGAAAGUUAGAAAAUACUUGAUUAGAUGUAGAUCCACAAGUUAAAAUAAAAUCUCAUCAAUCUACGUUUGUAGCAUUGUUGAAUUGCAGUCGUAUCGAUGAUAAGAGAAGAAUAUUAUAUCCGCACUCUCGUUAUAUAUUACGUCGAGUAUCUCGAAGUUCUUUCGAGAUAUUUUAAUUUUGAGUCGAUUAUCUAUUGACCAAAGAUCGAUUAUCUAUUAUCGACGAAAUUUUUUAUUCUAUUAUUUCUUAACUUACGAAAUUUUUCACUUUUCAGUAUUAUACUUUUUUUCUAAUUAGACCCGAAAUAAAAGUUUUUUCAAUAAAAUUAAAAUAUUGAUAUUUAUUAUUGCUUAAUUUGGAAAUUAAGUAUAAAAUGAAUUUUUUAUUAUUUGUCUGAGAUUUAGUUUUCUUUCCAUAUUUAAUUCUUUGUUAUAUGAAAGUUAUUUACGCCUCGAUACUAUAAAAAAUUUUUUUUAAAAUUAGUUACUUAAAAUUAGUUAUAACAUUACAGCAGAAUGAAGAAAGUUGAUCUGAAACACGCUGUAUGCUUUCCGAUGGAAAACGUAACUUUGCACUUAUAGAGAAACGGAAUAUUCCUAUUACUAUGCAAUCUUGUAAAUCAAAAUUGUUUUAAAAUAAACAAGUAAUGCUACGUGGCAUGUUUUAUAGCGGGAGAUCUUUGACGUUGCGUUAGCGUACAUACAAACAAAGUACACUGCCAGAGCGCGUACGAAUAUUUUAAAAAGCCGAGUGUUUGAUACGAGUUUUACUCGCGCGCGAGUUUACGUGUUAUAUUGAUAACAGCAUACGUUAUCGUACAUUGUUGUCAUCACUUUACAUGUUUACAUUGUCAUCUUCUAGUGAGUGUGCGCUUUGUGCGCAAAGAUAUGUAAGUGCUCUUUUAGUCCUGUUGUAAAAUAUGUUGUACAUCAUUAUUUAUUAACAACGAGACACAUAAAGCACAUUAAUUGAA